AUGUCAAACAUGAAGAAGUAUCACAUGAUAUUAAUCUUCAUAGCAUUUUUUGCUAUAAUAAAUGUGUCCUACUGGUACAAUGUUAAAUAUAAUAAAGGGAUUUUUUCUACAAUCUGUAAUGAUAUCAUUGAAGAAAACCUACCUCAGAUUGCAAUAAAUACCAUUCGACCAUUAAAGGGUAUAAUGACUAUAAUACCCCAAGGACGCCUAGGGAACCAAAUUGGGGAGUAUGCAGCUCUCUUCGCUCUAGCAAAAAUGAAUGGCUAUCGAGCCUACAUUCUCCCAGAUAUGCAUCAAGAGCUUUCCUCGCUAUUCAAACUAAAUUUACCUUUAAUAUCCAUGGAUUCUGAUAAACGUAUCAAGUGGAAGGAAUACAAACUUAACAACUGGAUGUGUCCUGAAUACCAUAAUAUCACAGGAGACAAUGUAAAACUCAAGGGUUUUGUGUACUCUUGGACUUUCUACCAUGAUAUAAAAAGUGAACUCAUGGAAGAAUUUAUAUUCCAUGAUUUUGUCAAAGAUGAAGUCAACACCUAUCUUGCAAAAGUGAGGGGUAAUCGUAAAAAUGUAACAUUUGUUGGAGUUCAUGUUCGUAGAGGGGACUAUGUGAAACUUUUUGUUGAACAAAAGAGAGGUGUCUUAGCAGACCAAAAGUACCUGCAAAAGGCCACAGAUUACUUCAGGAACAAAUAUCAGAACCCAGUAUUUGUGGUGGCCAGUAAUGGUAUGGACUGGUGUAAGCAAAAUAUUAAUAAUUCCUUAGGAGAUGUUUACUUUGCUGGAGAUGGCAAUGAAGGUUCCCCUGCUCGGGACUUUGCACUUUUGGCCCAUUGUAACCACACCAUCAUGACAUUUGGGUCAUUUGGUAUUUGGACUGCAUACCUGGCAGGUGGUGAAACUAUGCACUUAACUAAUUACAAUUCACCUGAUUCAUCAUAUCUAAAAUUUGUGAAGUAUGAAGCAAUUUACCUUCCAGAAUGGAUUGCUGUCCCUGCUGACCUAUCUGAAUUACUGAAAAACAAGAAAAUUGCUAAACAAUAA